AUGCGGCACAAUUUGGGUUAUGUAACAUUAAAUCAAUUCUAUCAAGUACUUUCUCAAUUAGGAACUCCUUUAACGGGUGAAGAAAUUCAAGCAAUCGAACAAAAAUAUUCCAACUUCAAAGGUUUUCACUAUAUCGCUUUUCUCAAAAAAAUCGAACCUCAAAUUGUUAUUCGCCCAAAAUACGAAGAUUUUGUUCAACGAAAAAUUUUAGUUAAUCGUCGCACUCUUCAUGAACCUCCUAAAGAUGAACACGACAUCGUCGAGAUUCUUGCUAACGUUAAAUCUCAAGUCGUCAAGAAACGAACCAACAUUCUUCAAUUCAUGUCUGGCUUUGAUCCGAUCAAUCAUCAAGUCAUUACUUGCUCGGAAUUCAAACGUAGCUUGAGAAAUGCCGAUAUUAUUUUAACGGAUAACGAAAUGAAUGUUCUUUGUGUGAUGUUUAAGGCGCCAUUACGAGACGGAUAUGUUGACUACAUUCGAUUCUGUGACUUGAUUGAAGAGGUUUUUACUCAAAAGAGACUUUUACAUAAUCCUCUAAUUGUUCCGUUGCAACAUUUACCGUCAAAUGAUGGCGUUGACAAUAACUUAACAAACGAUGAACGAGCUGUUGUCUCCGAAGUGUUGAAAAAACUUUCACGAUAUCACGAUACAUUUAGCAAUAUGUCUGAACUGUUUCAAAAUUAUGAUAAAACCCAAUGCGGAGCUGUAACGAAAGAACAAUUAACAAAAAUAUUAAUAUUAAGAGACAUUCGAAUGUUAUCGCAACACGAAAUUGAAAUAUUGCACAAGUGCUUUAACAAGAAAAAUCGAUUUUUAUAUCGAGACUUUUUAAAAGCUCUUAAACUGGUAGCAAAUGCACAAAUUCAAUUGCCAUUCUGA